AUGUAUUCUCUCCUCGCAUUCAUCGCUUUCGGGAAACGGGCUGGGCAGAGGUUCUUUCUCGUACUACUUACUACGACUUUCCAGCACGAACGUUGCGGAUCAUUAAGUCUAAUUUGCCGGGCUAACCGGACCGUUGAACUAGCCGCUUUGGCUUCAAAGGCAUGCAGAUCCGGAGCGUGGAUCCGGGGAAGCAACUUAUUGUUGCUCAUGCAAGGGCCGGCCUGA